GCGGCGCCGCUGCCGGCGGGAGCGCGAUGCCCUGGAAGCUGGGAAACUAUAUGAAUGAAGCGACAUCCUUUCUGGAAUUUUGAGACAUCACUUCAUCAUGGGACAGCAAAUUUCGGAUCAAACGCAAUUGGUUAUUAACAAGUUACCAGAAAAAGUAGCAAAACAUAUCACAUUGGUUCGAGAAAGUGGCUCCUUAACUUAUGAAGAAUUUCUUGGGAGAGUAGCUGAACUUAAUGAUGUAACUUCAAAAAUAGCUGCUGGUCAGGAAAAACAUCUUCUCUUUGAAGUACAGCCUGGAUCUGACUCCUCUGCCUUGUGGAAAGUGGGCGUACGGAUAGUCUGUACCAAGAUUAACAAAAGCAGUGGAAUUGUGGAAGCUUCACGGAUCAUGAACUUGUACCAGUUUAUCCAGCUUUAUAAAGACAUUACAAGUCAAGCAGCAGGAGUAUUGGCACAGAGCGCCACCUCUGAAAACUCUGAUGAGAACGCAUCAUCUGUAACGUCUUGUCAGGCUAGUCUUUGGAUGGGAAGGGUUAAAGAGCUGACUGAGGAGGAGGAGUGCUGUAUUUGUAUGGAUAGUCGAGCAGACCUCAUCCUGCCUUGUGCUCACAACUUUUGUCAAAAGUGCAUUGAUAGAUGGAGUGAUCGGCACAGGAAUUGCCCUAUCUGUCGCCUACAGAUGACUGGUGCAAAUGAAUCUUGGGUGGUGUCGGAUGCACCCACUGAAGAUGACAUGGCAAACUAUAUUCUUAACAUGGCUGACGAAGCAGGCCAGCCCCAUCAACCGUGACAUUGCCUGAAAGUCUUCUGUCGCUCCUAUGGGAUGCACACUUUGGUCAUGGGGGAAGGAUGCAGGGAUGUUGUGGCACAAACACAGGAAAACUAUUUUUUCCUACCCUUUUAUUUUUACUAUCUGAUGUGUCCCUCUUUUGAGAAACUUUCCACAUCUUCCA